AAUACUAAAAGAAAAGAAAAUCGCUAAUAUUUCAAAAUUAAAUUGAAGUGUAUUAUGUCUGGGUAACUGACACACACACAUACACACACAUACGUUCUUGUACAAAAGUUAAGAUACACGUGGCUCUUGGUUCCAAAAGAUGAGUGGUGGAUCGCGAAGAGCCACGUACUAAAGCUGUAAUAACUAUUCACAUUCAGAGAGAUUCGCUACUCCAGCUGAGAUUUAAAAAGUUAACAGCGACAAACGACAUAAAAGAGUUAACGAUCCAAUACUAGAAUUUUGUAUUUUGUAGAUUGGAAAUUGCUCUUGUAGCUAAAAACAUGGCGAAAAAAGAUUCACAGGCAAGUCACGUUUCUGCUGGAGAACAACACCGGAAACAAAUUGGUAAAGAAAAUUUUAAAAAAGCCAAAAAGGAUAACAAAGAAGUAAAGAAGAAAAGUGACCUAAAGAAAUCUUCAAUGCCAAUUACGGAUGUGAUAUUGGUUGUGUUCUCAAUCCUAGUAAUAAUUGCUGCUGUGUACCUAUUUCUGUUUUGGUAUCUCUCACAAGAACCUGAAUCUGUAACUACUGAAAGUAAAGACCUAUAAAGAUUGCUUGAUAUUUCUAUAUCACAAUAAUAGAUGUUAUCAUCUCAAGUGGAAAAAAAUCUGAAAAUAUAAAUAUAAAAAU